UAUUUUCUCCUUACUCUUUGUAGCGUGCUUGUCCCCCUUCUCCUUAAAACUCAGCCUCUUUAUCCUCUGGUUUUAACGCGGCCGGUGCCAUAUCCGUCGCCGGUGGCCUCCUGGUUUCCUUCUUUUUACUUUCACGGAUUAUUUUUCCCUUUUUUUUUUCUCUUUGCCCUUCACUUUGGCCUGUCAAACAGAAAAGCAAAAGGAAUUGAGGAAGAAGAAAGAAGAGAAAAUAAAUGGCACAAGAAGCAGUGCAGAAGAACACGUUGUACGUGGGAGGACUAGCAGAGGAAGUGAAUGAAGCAAUUCUCCAUGCAGCUUUCAUCCCUUUUGGAGACAUAAAGGACGUGAAGACUCCAUUAGAUCAGGCUACUCAGAAACACCGCUCCUUUGGCUUUGUUACCUUUUUAGAAAAAGAGGAUGCUGCUGCUGCCAUGGACAACAUGGAUGGGGCUGAGCUGUAUGGUCGCGUCCUCACUGUCAACUACGCCCUCCCUGAGCGUAUCAAGGGUGGUGAGCAGGGCUGGGCUGCUCAACCCAUUUGGGCUGAUGCUGACACAUGGUUUGAGCGGCAGCAACAAGAAGAAGAAAUGCAGCGUAUUCAGGCAGAGAACCAAGCUGCAAUGCGUGCUGCAGAGGAGUUGCAUAGAAAGAAAAUGGCAGAGGAACGAGAAGGGGAGAAGGAGGAUGAAGCAGAGAUCAAGGAUGAUCCAAUGGUAAGGGCUGAAGCAGAAGUUUUGAAACAGAGUAACUAGUUCUUUGCUAUUAAAUUGAGCAAACAUUAAUGUUGUCUUUAAGGAUGACCUUGUGAACUUAACUAUCCAAAGGUUCAAUGUAAGUCCUCUCUUAAGCUUGCGGCAUACCCUGACCUUGGAAUGGAAUAGCCUUUCCUCAUCUAAACUUUUUAUUUACCAAAAAAAAUACAAAAAGGAUGACCUUGUGCA